AUGGUUCAGUAUUUCGCUGUUUUCCUGAUUCUCUCUUUUUUUGGCGGCUCUGUGGGAACAACCACCUCACCUCAGCAACGAAACGAUUCAAAGUUAAAAGACUUAUGCCAGGUAAGAAAUGCAUAGAGAUAUAAAAAAGGAGAAUUGCGCCGUAGAUUAGGUACACCCAGAAACUAUUUUACUAGUCUCACGUCGUUAUGAUUAUUUACUAAAUAGUACACAUUAAAAGUGUAUGGCAGUUGAUUUAAAAGUCCUCGCUUCAGCAUGAUCUUUCCUCGAAAACCUGAUGCCUGUCCAUUGUUAACUGUAAAUUUUCUCUGAUUCCAUCCAAGUCCAUUCGAGGCGAGAUAACGCUUUAACUUUAACAGUAGCUAGAAACCUAGACUCAUGGUUUGAUGAGCAGCUCACUAUGUCAACUCAUAUUAGCAAGUUAUGUGGUGUUGCCUUUUACCGUUUGCAUAAUAUCAAACGCAUUCGCAAGUAUUUGUCUCGAGAAUCAACGGAAAGCCUUGUCCAUGCAUUUAUUACGUCUCGUGUUGAUUAUUGCAACAGUCUUUUGUAUGGGCUGCCCAACUACCAGCUUAACAAAUUGCAGAGAGUUUUGAAUGCCUCAGCCAGGCUAGUUUUUAAUGCCCCUAGGUUUUGCCACAUCUCACCCCUUCUUCGUGGUCUGCAUAUUGGCUUCCUGUUAAAGCCCUGAUACAAUUUAAGAUACUGCUUAUUACGUUUAAAGCAAUUCACGGCCUUGCUCCUAAAUAUCUACGCGAUUUACUAAUAAUUAAAUCGUCCUUAUAUAACCUUGGAUCUUCAGGUAGUAUUUUCCUUUCUAUGCCAGCCGUUCGAUCGAAGACGUUAGGUGAUAGAGCUUUUAUGGUAGCAGCGCCAAGGCUCUGGAACUCUCUUCCAAAAGAACUUCGUGCGAUUACUAAUGUGAACAGUUUUAAGGCGCAUAUUAAGACUUAUCUUCUUAGAACUUUAUAUUGGUGAGCAAUUUUAUAUUCAGUUCUUACUUGCAUGCAUAUAUAUUCUUUUUAUUUUUUUAUUUUUAAAUGCAUUAUCUUUUAUUUGUUUCUUAUAAAGUAAUGCAGUUGUAAUAAGCAGCUGAUCAUUCUCAUGUUAAGCUGGGCACAAUAAGUUCAUAAAUUAUUGUUAUUAUUAUUAUAAUUAUUAUAAUUAUUAUUAUUAUUAUUAUUAUUAUUAUUAUUAUUAUUAUUAUUAUUAUUAUUAUUAUUAUUAUUAUCAAAUAGGAUUAUGAAGUCCAAGGUCCAUUCCGUGCCUCGAAAACAAGGGAGACGGCUUGCGGGUACAGACUUUGUUCAUUUUGAUGUGGAAUCAUUGUUUGCGAGGGAGCUACGGGCGUGUAUGAACGUAUUUAUCGUUUCAAUUCCAAAUGAGAAGGAAAGAGAAAUAAUUAUGCGAAUUCUUUUUCGUUGCUGUUCUUAAUCUAAGCAGGAGCCGAUUACUCCUGAUCUAAGUAAUGGUGACAUUCAUAAUUUCUUAGAGACAAGGUCUGAAAACUGGUGUGGAUUUUAGAGUCUGAAAACGACUGUAAAAAAUGACGUGUUUUGGUCUGAAAUAGAGUCAGGAUUUGGGGAACCGGGCGGCACAUCCCCACCAAAAAUUCCCUGGAGUAAAUCCCCCCCCGACUCAUUUACAAUCGUCUUUGCUAACUACAAGUCAUCUUUACUUUCAGCGAUCUAUGCUGGGUUUCCCUGGUAUUCCAGGAUCAAAUGGGAUACCGGGAGUGCCGGGCGUCCCGGGGCCACACGGACCCCAGGGAAGAGAAGGUGUAAAAGGACAAAUUGGUGAUAAAGGAUCACAAGGAAUGCCGGGUCCAAGAGGAGACAGAGGGCGUGAAGGCCCUCCUGGGAAGAGUGGACCCCGAGGAAUAAAGGGAAUGAAAGGAGAGCCACGCAGCAUUGCGGGAAUGAAAGGAGACAAAGGAGCUGUGGGAAUGAAAGGACAGCGAGGCAUUGUGGGAAAUUCAGGAAGAAAAGGAGACAAAGGAGAAAAAGGAGAAAGCGCCAAAGCAAGUCAUGCAAGUGUAGUACCACAAACCAACUGGAAACAAUGUGUUUGGAAAUCACAGAGCAGUACUAAUAAGGGAAAGAUUAAGGUAAUUAGGAUGAGAAUCAUGCACUCCAAAGGAAAGUAAUUCCUUUCUAAAUUACAACAUUUCUUCCCUCUCACUCACCGUUUGCCAACACAUUACAUAAAUAACUAAGUUACAUUUCCCUCUACUUUGGUUCUUUUUGAAUGAAAAAAGGAAAACCGUCGUGCGUGAUAAAAUGAUUCCAGGCCAUAUGGAUAAGGACAAGAAGAAUUGAAGCUAUAACAGAGUUUUUAAACAUUAGGAAGUAAUCUUGACUGGAGUUGUUAGUAUCAAUCAUUACACACGGUUGCUCGCCUUACUACAAUAUGUUUGAUUUGUUUGAUUUUAUUUUAGGACUGUGCGUUUAACAAACUGCAGUCUAAUUCAGCCCUCAGAGUCUCAUUCCAGGGCAACAUGAGGGUCUAUGGUAGUAGCAGGUGUAAUCGCUGGUAUUUCAAGUUCAAUGGAAAUGAAUGCAGUGGACCAAUGACCAUUGAAGCUGCUGUUUACAACUACUGGCCAUCUGAGAGCCAAAAUCUGCUGCAUCAUCGGUCAUUUGAGGGGUACUGUGAAAACAUCCCACAAGGCGCGGUUAGAGUGGAAUUAUGGGUAGGGCUGUGUUCUGGCUACAACUCGGGUGAUACUCGCACUGGGUGGAAUUCGGUGUCCCGGAUAAUGAUUGAAGAAGUAUCUAGGCCCCAGUCCUAA